GGGGAAUGACUAGGGCCAUCAGAUGGAGUUCCUUCGUCGUCGCAAACGUCCACCCCGAAGGUGGUCGGUAGAGCAGCAAUGUUCCGUGGAAUGGAAUGCGCGAUUUACUGGUACGGCGGGAUUAAACAGCGUGGCUGUGGGGCAGUUAUUUUCCUCAAGGACGAUGCUGGAAAGUUCUACGUCUGUGGCGGAAUCGACAGUUACAACGUGGAUAAAUUCGCCGGUGAGGAAGGGUACUACGAUUUCCACUUGACCACAUGCUUCGACAGUGGAGGGAUCGAGAUGCCUGGUAAUUACAAGAAAGUGUCGCUGCUUCUGUCGAGGUUUGAAGGCUUCGGAAUAAACGCUGCGUCGAUGCCCCCGUUCGAUAGGUCGAAGAAACUGAAGAGUGUUUUGAUGGUGGGACCGAUCGAGUUCGUGAAGAAAACACCAUGCUUCAAAGUCGCGGGCUUUAAAGUGAAGGUGAACAAAGAUUUGGAGUUGUUGACACCCUUCGUGCCGAUGGGUACUGCGAAUGAUGUGCUGACGGACAUUCUUAGGACACACAAGCACGGGGAGUCUAGGCAAGGAACACUGCAAUCCGCUCUCACUGCUGGAAUGCGAAUUGCUGAAUGUGGCACAAGGGGGAAGAAAGUCUCACAAUCUGGGAAGGUCAGCGCCAGUGAAAAAUUUCAUGUUCCCGAAGGCCCGGGCACAGAUGGUGGUGCUCAAGAUGGGUGUUCACUCGUCUGGCGACUGUUCUAUGAUGAUGAUGACAAACAGUCAGCUGAAAAGGGUGAGGGGGAAGGCAGUUCGAGCGAUGAUGAUAGGGAGGAGAGUGAAGAUGAUGGGGAGCAGGGUAAGGACGGAAGUGAGGAGGGCGAGGGAGAAGGGGGGGAGGGCGAGUAUGAAGACAACACACGGACCGAUGAUGGAUUCUCUGCAAGAUGGCAUGUUAAUAAAGACAAGGGUAAGGAGAGCGAAGGGGAUGGCAGCAGUGGGGACAAAGAAGAGGACGGCGUCGGAAUCGGCACACAACCAUCAGCAAACUCUCGCAAAAGAAAAAUGGAGACUGGGAGAUACGAUGGAGGAGAGCAGAGUCGGACAAAGUUACUUGGCCUAGGCGCAUCUCACAAUGCAUUUGUGCAACACUUAGAAAGGGAAUCCGAGAAAUCUGCAAAAGGCAAGCGGGAGCGGGAACGACACACCAAGAAGGUGAAGAAGACAGUUAGGGUCGAAGGAACAAAAGAGGUCGCUGACUCUGGUGAUGAAGGAGUUGGGGUUGAUCCGAGAGAUAACACCGUGAAAGCCGGAAAGUUACCGUUGCCAACCUUCGACACCACAACAUGUUUCUUCCUCGAAUACGACGAUGAUGGAAAAGCAGUGGAACGACAUCAAGAGAUAUACGUCGACUGCAUGAGAGUUUUGCCUUGCCCUGUCGGUGGGCGCGUGCAGUACAAUCACAGACCGUUGAAUGACAUGUUGGUCGUUUCUAUCAUGAGAGCGAUGAAGCUGCCAGAGAAGAAAGGAGAGUGGGACAUGGCCACAUGGAUAUUGGCCCCUGUAGAGGAGGUGAAUGUUGAGGCUUGUCGUAGACUGGUUGCGGCCAAUUCUCCCGCUACACAAAAAUGGGGUGUGCAUUCAUGGCUUGCUCGUGCUGUCUAUUUCGACGACGACCAUCUGGAUGGCUAUGCUCAUAUUUCGACUUUCGAUAAUACAAGGGAGACACAAGCUACCCCGGAUUCAUUCCGAGUGUCGGUGAAGAAUAUAAGAGACUUGUGGAGUGAUAUGGGGAUGCCUUCAGGCGAUUGGCAAUACGUAUCGCUGGAAGCAGAUAAAGAAACCAUGAGGGAGAACUAUCAAAAGUUCAUACGCAAAGCGGUCCGACUAACUGCCGACGCAGAGCUUCGGAGUCAAACACUGAAGACGACGUACAAAACGAACUGGACAAACUUAGUGAGAUCACAUCUGACAUUGGCAACAGUUGGAAACAAAGUAUGGGGACUCCUAAACCGAUUCUUUGACUCGUGGGAGGCAGGACUGUUGCCCGACAAGACAGGCGUGCCUCCAGUGGAUCAGCAAGGAAAACAAGUCGUGAUAGCAGGUCCAGGUCCAUGUGCGCUUACAGUAAAAGGCAAGAAGGAGCUUGUGCACUACGUUCAAUCGAACAAAUCGCCUAAUGGCUAUUACGUCUGCAUUAGAGAUCCUCCGCAAAAUGCAUGGAAGGUGAUUGGCGACUUGACUGUUAGGGAAAAGGAGAUUGUGUUAGAUAAGAUAUUGGACUGCCAGGUGGUUGUCACAACGGGUCGAACGUUCAACAGGAACUUGCUUAACAUGGAUGAUAUUCGGGUGGAAGUUCGGCGUGAGAGAUGCAUGAUACGCCUCUUCAAUUAUAUAGUUUUCAAGACGGAAGGUCGCAAGGAGGAGGAGUGGAAUGAUGCAUUCUUCUGCGGUUAUUCACAAAUAAUGAAGAGAUUUGGCCCGUUGGGACUUACAAAGGAACAAUGGGAGGAAAAUAAGAGGAAGGUGCCAGCUCACAAGGCCAAAGAUGUGCCAAAACGUCUGGGUGGCAUCGAUGAGCCAAAGGUGGGGAAAGUAGGAGGGUACAAAUUGACGCUCGUGAAAUAUACUGAGUGUCCAUAUUAUUUGAAGGUGUUUAUGCAUGAAGUGAUCGGUGUCAUUGAUCAACUAAGGAACGAGCUGCGGCGCAUAAGUGCGAACGCGCGGCACAUAAUGUGGGAUAAAAAUAAUGAUCACACAACGUUUCUUCCCAUUUGCUUGGCCCCGUACGAGGCACUGCAACCUUCAGAGGAAAUCACACGUGCUGUCAAAAAGUUGAAUUGUCGCGUUGCGGUCCUCGACAUUUGCCCACGUAAGUCCACAACGCCACAAGACUUGUCAGACGGGAGAUUUGCUGAACUUCCGGAGAUGAUGAACACGUUUUGUGGAACGGAUUGGGUCAUUAUCAUAUUCUCAACGUUGAGAUUGGAGCAAACAGUGUUGAAGAACGUGUUGCGGUGGGAUCACGUGAAAGUGGUAACAGGUCGUUGGGAGAGACAUUUCGGUAAGGACCAGUAUGUUGUUUYGACUGGYAAUCUYCCAUUGCGCCCUCRGGACUGCAUGACCGUUGUCAUGCAUGCGGCCGACAAUGACUUCAAGAAGGUCACUGUGCAGCCUCCGAACCAUGUCACCUGGUUUGAUGAUAAUAUGAAAGAGGAGUUGUUCGUGCAAUGCACGAAUGAACAUGUUGGGAUAUCAGGCGGUACAAAAACCAUAUAUGGGCAGUGGGAGAGAGAGCCGAAGAGAGUGAAGGACAUGUGCAAAUGGUUUGCAAAGGAAGGCGAAGAAUUUGAAGAUGGAGAUUUGGAAACAACAAGAGAUACGACGCGGGCUGAAGAUCAAUCAUCGCAGCAUGCAUCGCACCAAGAAGAAUCUAUGGUGGACAAAGAGUCGGCGAAACACUUUCUAACAAUGACAUCCCCUAAGGUCUGCACGGGAUCAGGAACACAAAUGGUCACAGAAUCAAGCUCCAUGCAAGGAACUGAGCUGACAAGAGAAGAGACCUUGCCGCAUCAGGAGGGAAGAGAAGGUUUGCCAGGGGGCAUACCUGAUUUGAUGCCUGGGCUGCAGUCUAAUAGCGACGCCCCGCGUGCUAUGCAAGGACAAGAGGAAACAUUCAAAGAAGGUGGUGAAGUUAGUACGCAGCGGAUUAGUGAGUCGUAUCAAGAGGAAAAGCGCAAGAGGGCGGAUGAUGACGAUGUCAUUGACAUCAGGACACAAUCAGGUGAGCAGCGAGAGCAUAACAAGAACAAAGAGGGGAGACAGAAUGAGAAUGAGGAAGAGGAACACCGUCAUGAUAUACAGCAAAAGAAGGAUGAAAUAAGCAAUGAGAAGUCAAGGAAAGGGGACACCACAGACAAUGUCGUGCCUAGACGUUCAGGGAGACCCGUUGCAAAGAAGAUACGGCUUAACGACUAGGAGGCGGUGAUCGCAGAAAAAGACAUGAUCUUAGCCCCAUAUCACAAUAUUCAUAAGAAGCAUUGGACACUUGUUGUAGUGGAUCUCAAGCGGAGAGUGAUCGAGUAUUACGAUUCGAUGGAACCAGACGUAGAGGUGGCAAGAAAAGUAGUCAGCAACGUGGCGCGGUAUGUGAAGGAGAGGUCAUCGGAACAGGGAAUGGAAGUGGACGUCACUUGCUUCAAACAGAAAUUGGAGGUGAACGGCAUCCCCAUACAGAAGGACGUAAAUAAAUGCGGAGUAUUUGUGCUUGCAUACGCGUCUCUUUUAGUGAGAGGUCAUCUUCCACUGUUCGACUUCACAAUGGAGGAUGGAAGGCGCAUUAGAGACCGAAUUGCACUGGACUAUGUAGUAUCGAGACGGAGCGUUUUCAGGAACGACACAAACGACAUGGAUACUGAUGAGGACUUGCGGCAGGGAGCGGCGGAGUGGUUGCUGAUUAUCGAAGACGGCGGCCGUCGCCUGCAAGAGGUCGUGGAUACUCUGCUUUCAAGCCAGGGGGGUCGGUUGGGGACUGUAGGGGGGACGGUUUCACUGGCGCCAUGGCUUAAGGAGAAGAUGCAGGCCAUGCUCGAUAUCAUUUGGGAGUUGGAGGAGGGGCCGGCUCCUCCACUCGAUGAGUUUGUGGAUUGGCAUCGAGCGGGCCUGCUUAUGCAUGGGUGCUACGACAUCUUCAGAAGGGGGCAACAUUGCUACGAUACUCUGGAGGAGAGACUGCUGGGCAGCUUCGACGGAUUGAUGCCGACACUGCCUGCGACAACAAUUGAUGAAUUUUGUGACAACAACAACUGCUACAUCGACAAUGGGUGCAAUGACAAAGACAACAACGACAUCAUUAACGGCGGCGAUAACGGCCUUAACUCCUACAACGUCUGCAUUGAUAAUGAUAACAAUGACAUCAACAAUAGUAGCGGUGGUGGUGAUAACAUCAACAACGAUAUCGACAACAACAAGAAAAACGACAUCAACAACGACAACAAUCAGUGUGAAGAUAUUAAUUACAACGAAGAUUUCGAAUACAGCUUUCUUGGGAUGAUGAACGAAAACUGCGGAAAUAAAAUUGGCGAUCAGGGCGACGAGGCUAUGGAGGAUAAGGAGAUUGACCGCGAAAGUAGGGGGGCGUUUGGAGUCGCUGUGUAGCAGCGAUCGGGCGUGGGGUGGUUCGUGGGGUAGGAAGUUGCCCGGUCCUCAAUUUCACCCACGAAGGGGUGGUGGUGGUUCCUCAGGCAGUAAGGGGUUUGGUUAGGGUUUCCGCCGGCUUUCAGGGUCGCAAUGGAUGAUUGUUACAUUGAAUAGGAUGCGUGGUUUCCAGAUGGCUUAACGAGGACGAUCGGCAGUAGGGAUGGGGGUCGCUAAUUUAGGUUCCUGUUCCUGUUCUGCUUCCCCCCAGUGUGAUGAGUUGAAUGGUUCAUGUUUUGACGGAUGGGCGGGGCAGGAUAGGGUAAUGAAAGUACGGUAGAUGAGCAGUUAAUCCCCUCCUUGGAGGGCAAUCAAUGCUGCUCAUCAUC